GUGGGGCGGAGCGGAAGCGGAAGCGCGCGCGGAGGCCCGGCAAGGCCGCGAGGCGGUGGCGGCGUCUGAGGCGGCGGCUGCGCCAUGGUGGAUUACAGCAUCUGGGACCACAUCGAGGUGUCCGACGAUGAGGACGAGACUCACCCCAACAUCGACACGCCCAGCCUCUUCCGAUGGCGCCACCAGGCCCGAGUUGAGAGGAUGGAACAGUUCCAGAAGGAGAAAGAGGAAGUGGACAAGGGAUGCCGGGACUGCAAGCGGAAACUAGCCGAGUGCCAGAAGAAGGUGAAAGAACUUGAAUUGUCCGGCUUGGAAAACUCCAAAAGUGAGCUGCAGCGGUUACAGGCUGAAGCACAGCAACUGAAAAAAGAAGAAAGGAGCUGGGAGGAGAAAGCAGAGUCGCUCAGGAAGAAGGAGAAGAACAUGCCCUGGAAUGUGGACACGCUAAGCAAAGACGGCUUCAGUAAGAGUGUCUUCAAUGUCAAGCCUGAGAAGCCGGGUGAAGAGACUGAAGAGCAGAAAGAGAAGAAACACAAAACCUUUGUGGAGAAGUAUGAAAAGCAAAUCAAACACUUUGGCAUGUUGCGGCGCUGGGAUGACAGCCAGAAGUAUUUGUCUGAUAACCCGCAUCUUGUGUGUGAAGAGACAGCUAAUUAUUUAGUCAUCUGGUGUAUUGAUCUGGAAGUGGAAGAGAAACAUGCGCUGAUGGAGCAGGUGGCCCAUCAGACCAUUGUUAUGCAGUUCAUCCUGGAGUUGGCCAAGAGCCUCAAAGUUGACCCCAGAGCUUGCUUCAGGCAGUUCUUCACUAAAAUCAAGACCGCUGACCAGCAAUAUAUGGAGGGCUUUAAUGAGGAGUUGGAAUCCUUCAAAGAGCGGGUGCGAGGCCGAGCCAAGGCACGCAUUGAGAGAGCCAUAAAAGAAUACGAAGAGGAGGAGCAGAAGAAACGGUUGGGGCCUGGUGGCCUGGACCCCGUGGAAGUAUAUGAAUCACUCCCAUCUGAACUCCAGAAGUGCUUUGAUGUGAAAGAUGUGCAGAUGCUACAGGAUGCUAUAAGCAAAAUGGAUCCUGCUGAAGCAAAACAUCACAUGCAACGCUGCAUUGACUCUGGCCUCUGGGUGCCAAAUGCCCGAGUGGCAGAAGGUGCCGAGAAAGGUGAGAAGACAGAGGGUGUCUAUGAAGAGCUGAAGAAGGAGAGCUGUGAGGAAGGCCAAGGAAGGCCGUGAACUGCUGGCCGGAUGUCUGUAAAGGAGAUCGCCCCUUCAGCUUCUGUCAACUUUUUUUUCCUUUGCUCCAAACUCUUCAGUGAUUAUGUGCUUUACCAAUGUAGACACUUCAUGAUUCGUGUGAGCUGCUUCCUGACUGGCUCUCUUGCUCACCACACUGAAACACCCACCUCCCCCCAAAACCCUGCUGUGUUGCCUGGAAACCCUUGGUAUUCACUUGAGGGAGGUCAUGCAGGCUCACGGGGCCUGGUCACGGCACUUCUGCCUUCUCUGUCUUGCUGUGGAGAUGCCAGUCAGUUGUCAUAGUUACCAGUGCGCUAUUAUAUCUUUUUGUUUGAUAAUCAGUUGAAGCUGUUGAGCAAAUAAAAAGAUUGAAUUAGCUGAGA